AUUUAAGUAUAUAACAUUUUAUUACACUGCAGAAAAAUGAGACUACAAGUGGGAUUAGUUUUCGUUUCUCUGAUAUUCUUAGUGUUGCUUUCAACUCCAGCUUCUGGAUAUAAUGUUGUGUGUUAUUUUUCAAGCUGGGCUAUAUAUAGAAAUUAUACUGCAAAAUUUGAUAUUUCUAACAUAGACCCGACUUUGUGCACUCACAUUAAUUUUGCUUUCGUGGAAUUAUUUGAAGAUGGCUCUUUAUUCAUUGUAGACCCUUGGGAAUCCAACGAUGAUGGUGAAUACCACGGUUUUAAAAACCUGGCCGCCAUAAAACAAACUCAUCCAGAAGUAAAAAUAUUGAUUAGUCUUGGAGGAUGGAAUGAGGGUUCCAAAAAUUUCUCUUCUGUGAGUGCUGAUCCUGAACGCAGGAAACUACUGGUAUCUCAAUCAUUAGAACUAGUUGAAAAAUAUAACUACGAUGGCAUUGACAUAGAUUGGGAAUAUCCAACAUUAAGAGAUGCUGCUCAUACCGAAGAUAAGGAAAACUUUGUACUACUACUAAAAGAUUUUAGCGAGGCUUAUAAACCUAAAGGUCUUUUGGUAACAGCAGCUGUUGCAGGAGCAGUAGAUAAAAUUAAUUCUGCGUAUGAUGUUGACCAAAUUACAAAAUAUUUGGAUAUGUUAAACAUUAUGACAUAUGAUUAUCAUGGUGCUUUCGACAACUUUAUAGGACAUAUUGCACCUCUGCAUGCUUCAUCUGUGGAUUACGAGCAUGGACAUAACUCGACCUACAUUGUUGCUACUGGUCUUGAAUAUUGGUUAUCUCUGAAUGUUGAUCCAGCUAAAAUAAAUAUGGGUGUUGCUACUUACGGUAGAACAUUUACUCUUCUAGAUCAGGACCACACUUCACUUUAUGAUCCUGUUGCUGGACCUGGAGAGAAGGGACUUUACACAGGAAUGAAAGGUUCUUUGGGAUAUCACGAGAUCUGCGAAUUCUUCUCUGGUUCUGAUUCUACUUACUACUGGGAUGAUGAACAAAAAGUACCUCACAGAAUUUACAACGAUCAGUGGAUUGGUUAUGAUGACGAAAGAUCAAUAUUAUUAAAAGUUGACUUUGCCGUAAGCAACGGCGUCGGUGGUAUUAUGGUGUGGACCUUGGACACAGAUGACUUUCUGGGACAAUGUGGAGAAAAAUACGUAUUGGUUAAUACUAUUAAAAAAAGGUUGGAAUAUCAUGAACAACAAAAGAAGAAAAACCAAUGAUUUAUUAAUUAAAAUAUUUUUGUUAGAAACGUAAAUUUUUAUUUUUAAAAGUUUCUUACUUAGUAUUUAUAUAGUAUGUAUAGUAUAGGAUAUUAAAGACUUUUAGUUUAUAUAAUAACAUUUUUUUUAUUAUUUUAAUCAAUCAAUUUAAAAAAUGUUUAAUUAUUUCUGAUAAUAACUAGGCAAAUAUAGAUACACAGGAUACUUAAUGUGAAAUUUUCACAUUUUACAUAUUAUAAUAGUCACAACUAGCAUUAUACCUGAGAAACGCAUUUUUCAAAUAUUCUCUGAUAUAAUUUAAAUGAAUUUAUCAUUAUCAUCCUGUAUAUGUCAACUGCUUGGCAUAGGUCUCCCUCAGCUCUUUUCAUCUGUCUCAUGUCUUGUGCAGCUUGCAUCCGGUUAUUGCUAACACGCUUCAGGUCAUCAGUCCAUCUAGUUGGUGGGCGUCCUCUGCUCUGUAUUGCUUCUUGUCUCGGUCCAUACUCUAAAAUUCGUUUUAUCCAACGGUUUUCUGAUAAUCGGGCGACGUGUCUUGACCAAUUACAUUUACACGACGUGAUUUUUUAGAUGGCGUCUGUUGUUUUGGUUCUAUGACGUAUUUCUUCCUUUGGAAUUUGGUCUUUAAGAGAGACAUCCAACAUCUGAC